CUAAUCUUAUCACCGGACGGCCAACUUUCGCUUCAAGACGCUCUCUUUGUAGACACCUUUGCUCUUCCAGUUAUUUCUUUGGCGUCGCUUAAUUAUUCCCAUCUGCAACCGCGUAGGGCUCUUUCCGACCCGUCGGCGUCUGAUAACCACCGGCUUUUCACCCACUGGGCAAACCAGGCGUGAAUCGCGUGCCUCGAGCGAAGUUGGGAUAUCUCCUACCCUAAUUGAUUUUGAUUUUGGAUCUUCGAACAAUAGACGACAAUGAGGCUUCGAAAUCGCAACUCGACUCUUCUCCUUCUUCUCCUUCCCUCGCUUGCCCUCGCUACCGCAACCGCCGACAAGCAAUUGGACCGAGACUCGGUCGCCGGCCCGGCUGGUGCGUCGCCCGGGAGGAGAUAUGGCACCAAAGAUGCGCCGGUCGAUGGGAACGACGGGAAGCCGCACGCUGGGCCGUUCGUCGGACUCGACUCGAAUUCUGAGUCCGAGAGGGACUUGCCUGCCCUAAAAGACCGCCCGGAAGACCCAUUGAUCGUCGACGGGAAGCGAAUUCCCGAGAGUCAUGACGGCGUGAUGGACGACAAGAACCGUCCAGGACCCAGAAAGGGCACCACGGGCACCGAAGGAGGCGUGAGCGAGAAGGAGAAUGACAGAAAGAUGAGGGAGAAGCAGACGGGUGAGAAGGUCGAGAACAAGCCCCCAACGCCCAAGGAGGCGCCUCCGCUCCCGGAUUCGGACCAAGAACGGAUCCAGGCCGCCAAUGAAGCCAAGUCCGAUGAGAAAACAUCAGGCGACGCUUCUAGCCUCGAGAAACCGGCCGGUCUCCCGGACAAGACACACGACAAGUCGCCCCCGCUCCCCGAUUCCGUCGCAAACAUCGAUCAUCUGGAUGUCUCGAAGGGGGGCACACCGGGGAAAUUCACUGGGCCACAUGACGAGGACAACGAGGGUCUCGUCCAGCCGCUGCACUCGUUCAUGCUCUCAUUUACAAUGAUUAUUGUCUCCGAAAUCGGCGACAAGACAUUCCUGGUUGCUGCGCUCAUGGCGAUGAAGCAUGACCGCUUGGUGGUGUUCUCAGCUGCCCUCAGCGCCCUAGUUGCCAUGACCAUUCUCUCGGCCGUGUUAGGGCAUGCGGUACCCACCCUGAUUCCCAAGCGCAUGACGACCUUUUUGGCCGCCGUUUUGUUCUUCAUCUUUGGGGCCCGCCUACUUCGUGAGGGACUCGCCAUGAGCCCCGACGAGGGCGUGUCGGCCGAGAUGCAGGAGGUCGAGAUGGAGUUAGCGGAAAAGGAAAACCUCGCUAGAAAAGAAGGCCGGAAGACGUCAGAUAUGUCGCCGUAUGCCCUGGAAAUGGGUCUCGGCAACCGCAAGCCCCGGACUAAGUCCCGUUUCCCGGCGCCCGCUCGCAGCCCUUCAAGCUCGCCUGAGGGGCGGAGCCCAUCGCCGCGCCCUGGGGGUCUCGGGGGAGUUCUUUCGGGUCUCAACAAUCUCGUCUCGCUGCUCCUCAGCCCUGCUUGGGUCCAGACCUUCGUCAUGACAUUCCUAGGAGAAUGGGGUGAUCGCAGCCAAAUUGCAACUAUCGCUAUGGCGGCGGGUCAGGAUUACUGGUGGGUGACUCUGGGCGCUGUUCUGGGCCACGCAUGCUGUACAGGCGUCGCUGUUAUCGGAGGUAGGGCCAUUGCGGGUAAAGUGAGCCUCAAAGUUGUCACUGUCGGCGGGGCCGUCGCGUUCCUCGUUUUCGCAUUUCUCUACCUGUUCGAAGCGUUAUACUCAUAGACACGAACCACGCAACCACGGUCAAAAGGUUUGGCUGUGCCAGCUGCCAAACGGCGACCACACUAGUUAUAUUUCCGUCACAACUUGUAAUUUUGCGUCCACACGCGACACGAGGAGCUUUCUUUUCGAACCACGACAACCCGGCGGCAUCACUGGUUAUAUGGGGACUUCACUGGGAGCAAAGUUGCGUACUGGUUCACGGGCGUGUAUUCACUAUACCGGACUAUGAAGUUUGGGUCAUAUUCAACGGGGGGAGAAGGGGGGAUGGAAUCGGGAACGCUCUCAAGAUGACUCGGCAUUGGCAGGAGUUUGGGCAAAAGCGAGAUGGGGGAUGGUGGUUGGGGGUUGGGGGUUGGGGGAAUGGCCUAAUUGUCUUGUAAAGAAAAUAUGUGUAUGUUUGAGCGAUAUCUUACUCUUGAACAAAUCGGUUGCAGCGGAGGGCUGUGUAAUUCAGGCCAAAA